AUGCACGGGUAUGUGAGUCAGAAGGAGCUCAGCACUGUUGCCUACACCCAGCGGGCUUACAAGCGCGAUGUGCAGAUCAUGAUGAAAGAGCCAUCAGAAGGGACGACUCCACAACCUUCCGGCGAAUUCGCAAGCUCCAAGGACCUCUUUGGGACAAUGGCGGGGCGGGGGAGGGGGGGGUUUAGGCUUUUUUGGGGCUUAGCCAUGCUGAGGGCCUUUUAA